AUGGUUCCAAACUGCGAAGCUCAGAGAGUACUGUCAGGAAGGCGGAGGAGAGGAAGGCUGCGAACAUUGGCCUUUGGAUCUUGGAACGUCCGCACUCUGGUCAACAAUGACGGACCGGUCGAGACGGCAAAGAGACGAGUGAAUUUUGAAAAUUUGAAUUUUGUGCCCGUCGUGGAGGACAGAAAGAUCGACUUGGUUAUCCGUGAGCUGUCCAGGUUUGACGUGGAAGUGGCUGGCCUGCAGGAAACCAAAUGGUUUGGGAGAGACUCUUUCAACAUCGGCGAUGCGACUGUACUCGCCUCUGGUCGCCCCGUACCUGACGAAAAUUUUCGUCGUGGCGAGGGUGUUGCGCUGGUUCUGCGUCGGAGGGCCAAGCAGGCAUUUGAACGUGCAGGCUGCCAGUGGAGGCCCGUCUCGUCGCGCAUCGUGACGGCCAGGUUGAGAUUUGAGCACGGGUGGAUGUCAGUGAUUUCAUGUUACGCUCCUACGUUUCGAUCCCCGCAUGCUGACAAGGAAGAGUUCUUUGCUCAGUUCCAGUCUGCUCUCAGCGAUGUCAACUCUGCUGAUGACGUCAUCGUCCUGGGGGAUUUCAACGCUCGUGUUGGUUUUGGCCCACAGCAACUAGAGAUGUGGCAGGGAGUGCAUGGAUCACAUGGUGUUGGUGAUGUGAACGAUGCUGGUCAUCGACUACUCACAUUCUUGGCGUGUCAACAGCUCACAGUAUGUAACACACUGUUUCCCAAGAAACGCAUCCACAUGUACACCUGGCAACACCCUGGAUCACAGAAGUGGCAUUGUAUAGAUUAUGUGUUCGUACGCCAACAACACCGUAAACGUUGCAUGGACUGUCAAGUGAUGCGCACUGCAGAGUGUAGCACAGACCACCGUCUUGUCCGCAUGAAAUACCGGCUACCUGACGUUGUGCAGCAACGGUACCAUCAUGAUGCACGUUCCAGGCCGCGGAAGUUUGCUGUUCACCAAUUCAAUCGGAAGCCAUUCAUGAGUGAAGAGGAGGCUGAGCGUGUGGCUACUGUACGUGCUGAGUACUGUGCUAGUCUUGAAUCUCGUUUAGCCACGUAUGACCGCGCCUCGUCUGUGGACUGUAAGUGGAGUACCGUGAAGUCGGCUGUUGUUGACGCGGCGGAGCAGGUGGUUAGUCGGGACAAGCGGCGGAUGCCAGAUUGGUUCCGUGACAAUGCCCUUGUAUUGGAGCCUCUACUGGAGUCUCGUAAUACCCUGUAUAGCCAAUGGCUGAGAAGCGGCAGGGACUCUGAUCACCGGGCAUUCAAAGAAGCGCGUGGCCGGGCUCGUACUGGUAUCCGGAAGGCAAAAACAACUUGGUUGAUGGACAAAGCGGCGGUGGUGCACCGUGGACGUUUCAGUGGCAAAGCUGUCUGGUCUGCCAUUCGCGACAUGCAACGCUGCUUUGGGGGCUUGCAACCCCUGUCUGUCCAAUCCAUCCGCAAUGCCGAUGGAGUUCUUUGCGAAUCUGUUCAGGAGCAGCAGGGCACAUGGCAUGGGCAUUUCUCGGGUGUCUUGAAUGUCUGCAGUGUGUACGAUCCGCAUGUCUUCCAACUUAUCCCUCAGCGUGAGGUCGAGGACUCCCUCUCACUGCCACCAUCGGAGGAUGAGCUGACUCAGGCAAUUAGACACCUACAGAAUGGCAAAGCUGGUGGUAUGUCACAGAUUGUGCCGGAGCUGCUGAAGGUUGGUGUGCCUGUCCUCCAUCCACUCCUCCUGGACCUACUCCAAUCUGUCUGGUCGGGGGGUUGCGUGCCCCAGGACUGGCGCGAUGCACUGCUGGUACCGAUUCCAAAGAAGGGCGACCUCUCUCGCUGCGAUAAUUGGCGAGGGAUCGCAUUGCUGGAGGUUGUCGGCAAGUUGGCUGCUCGGAUCAUGCAAAACCGAUUGCAAGGUAUUGCUGAGGCGGAACUGCCUGAAUCCCAAUGCGGGUUUCGGCGGCACCGUGGUUGUGCGGACGCCAUCUUCUCUGUCCGUCAACUUGUCGAGAAGUCGUACGAACAUCGAUCGAAGCUCUUCUGCGUAUUUGUGGAUCUCCGCAAAGCAUACGACUCUGUCCCUCGCGAAGCUCUUUGGCAGGCAUUGCUGCGGCUGGGUGUGCCGCCCCCGACUGUGGCCAUCAUCAAAUCAUUCCAUACAGACAUGUCAGCUUGCGUUCGCGUUGCCGGUGGUUGCACGGAUCCGAUAUCUGUCAAGAAUGGGCUGCGCCAAGGGUGCGUUAUGGCACCUGUACUGUUUAACUUGUACUUCGGCUUAGUUAUUGAGCGUUGGCGAUCCCUUCUCGUUGAGCGUGGAAUAGAGUCUGGUGUGGACUUCAGCUUCACAAUUGAUGGCCAGCUGUUCCCUCGUGUCACUAGGCGUCGUCCCCACUCCGAGUCCGGCCAUGCUGAUGACUUCGAGUUUGCGGAUGAUGCUGUACUGCUCGCUACAACUCGCAACGCAGCCGAUCAAUCCCUGUGUGCCUUUUGUGAGGUCGCAUCCAGCUUGGGUCUCACAGUGAGCAUGACCAAGACCAAGCUUCUCGUUGCAGGUUUCGGAGUUUGCCCUGCUGAUUGCUCUGAUUUGGUCAUUGGCAGUGAUAGGGUUGAAGCAGUCACCUCAUUCCCCUAUCUUGGUUCCACCAUCACUCCAGACUCGCGGUCGCAAGCGGACAUUCGGAGCCGUCUAGCAAAGGGUGCAGGGGCCUUUGGUGGUCUUCGGCGCAUCCUACAUGACCGGAGCCUGAACCUCCCUACCAGGCGCCACCUGUAUGUCGUUUGCGUACUGUCAACGGUUCUGUAUGGUUCAGAAUGCUGGACGCCGUUGAAGGCAGAUUUAGAUAGAAUGGACCGGUUUCACCAUGCCAACAUUCGCUCCAUCCUUGGCGUAUCGCGAGGCCGACAGUGGGAACAGCGCAUCUCUUCACAGGAACUGCGAGCACAGUGGGGUGAUCCCACACCAUUGUCACGCAUGGUGCAGCAGAGACGGUUGGAGUGGCUUGGGCACCUGGCUCGUCUUGAUGACACCAGAUUCCGACAUGGUCCGGCACAAGUGUUCAGCAAUCCGUCAGCUCCCGGUAUCGGAGCAGCCUGGAUCAGUACAGUGUCCAACAUGCAACCGAUGGCUACGUAG